UUUUUGGGGAACGGAGACGUCAGUUCGGCUCGUCAGCUUCCAAUUGUUACUUUCGGUUUGCGUGAGCGUCCCUCUUCUGCGUUGGUGGAAACAAAAGACCAAAAAAAAAAAAAGGUAGAUAAAGGUCAGCAAUAGUAAUUAAACCAGUGGCCGCGCGUUGAGAAUUCAUGUCUAUUUUUCCACCGCUGGUUUACAGCCCAGUGUUUGUACCCAGCCAAGAUAUGACUGAGGUGGUGAUGAUCAGCAGCACCCCCAUGGAGGACAUGAGGCUCAGCCCCAGCAAGGACAGGCUCUCCUUCCAGAUAUUCCCAGACCCCUCAGACUUCGACCGCUGCUGUAAACUCAAAGAUCGCCUGCCGUCCAUCGUUGUCGAGCCAACGGAAGGGGAAGUGGAAAGCGGGGAGCUCCGCUGGCCUCCUGACGAGUUCCUGGUCAGUGAAGAGGAGGAAGAGGAGCAGAAUGAUGGCAACAUCCCAAACGGACAGCCAGCACAGAAUUCUCAGCACUAGAAGCUGCGUCUCAGCACCGUAUCACUUUGCUCGUUGUUUCUGAUGGACAUUGCCUUUCACACACUGGUUUGACUUCACCGGAGCACACCUGCAGACUCUGACACAUCCAGUGUCUUUUGAUGCCAUCUCUUUUGCCUAAGACACAGAAUAGACUUAUCAAAGGAGCACCCACACUGCCCCCCCUCCCCCCCAGGUAAUGAGCACCUCGAGCUCAUGCCCGAUACCUACCGCUUCCACCGCCGUGCGUGUCUCGAUACCAAGUGGUGGCUCAGUCCUCCAGGGGUGGCUCCUGUUCUGCAGGGGACCAAUGCUCUUCUCUACGUGACCCCAAAAAUGGCUGGCAUCAUGACCCCAGAGACUUGAUACUUGCGUACAGGAACUAUUGUGGUACCUGUGGGGAUUGCUGUACAGUACACGGUCCAUGUUUCUAUUUGGUUUCUUUAUUGCUGUAAUUAUGGCCACUGCUGUCUAUAGAUUUCUUGGUGUAAGUUGUUUUUUUUUCUUAAAGUUUGUAUGUAGUGCAAAAUGUUAAUGGGGACUUGGAAAAUGGGGUGGGGGCUGUGUAAAAUUGAGAUGUAUUUAAAAGCCUUGUUAUGCACUGAAACCAGAGUUAUGCUACGAUCCUAAUUGUAUUGGUCCAUUGAAGAUGACAAAGCAAGAAGUGUUUUUAAGAUGUAAUGUGGGAAAGUUGCUGUUCAAAUGGGAAAGUGUAAUGAAGAUGGGUAUUGUCAAGUGGAGGGGGGGGAAAGUCAUGUCCAAGACCCAGUUAUGUGUAAAUGUUCCCAGUGAGUCCCAACUUCGAGUCUUUGUAGUGUCCUGAAUCAAAAGUUACAGUAUUUUCUAGUCUUCCUGUGUUUAGAACUUUUUAUUUUUUAUUAACGGCCAUACAUUUGACACAUUGAAGAUCUUUUCAUAUAUAUAGGCAAUACCUGAAACGGUUAUCUUUACAUUAUCAUGAUUUCUGGAAAAAGUUCUUGGUUUUUGUGGGGCUUUCCUUUUUACCCACUGGGUGUUUCAGUUUGUGGGGGGAGGGGGGGCUUCUGUGGACUGUGAUGUUACUGUUGUAAAAGCAUGACUGAGGUGUCAAUUCCUUUUACUUUCUUGUUUAGGAGGCUUUAGGGCCGUGUACAGAACAUCUUCUGUCACCUACAGGUCCGUUGUUGUUGUAAAGCUCAGGGAGAAUAGCCGCCAUCUUUCUCUUGUUUUGUUUUUUUUUUUCUUUUGUAUUUAGAUCACUCUUCUAAUUGCAGAAAUUGUAAAUAAACAUUUUGAAUUUGCUAUAAA